AUGCCAGCUUUGUUGCCAAGAUUUGUGGUACUGAAGCAUACCAACAGUGAGCGAUACGUGAGAAUAUUAAGCAAGGAGGAGAGUGAUAGAGUUGGGGUGAUUGAUGGGUUCUUGAAAUGUGAUGGAACAGACAUUACAAGCCCUUUUGUAAAGUUUGAAUUGGAGAUAGCCAAAUCAGAUUCAAACUUUGUUCACAUUCGCAGCUCUUACAACAACAAAUACUUCCUCAUAGUAGACCCCGAACCUAGUAAUAAUGUUGAGAAUAGGUUGCGCGUUGUGGCGACAGCUGACCAACCCGAAGAAGACAUCUCUUCUUCUUCAUGUACCAUGUUCAAGCUUGAUAAUAGGUUUGGUGGUAAGAAUUUUAUAUUUAUGUCCCCAAGACAGCUUUCCUUUGAACCGGACACGUGGGCGGGGGAGCCUUACGCGAAUGGUUUGGUCGGAAGACAUAUUGGAAUCGGAUUCGGAGGUUCUUGGGUGAAGAAUUUCUUAGUGGUCGACUGGGAUUCGCUUGUCAUUUUCCCUAAAGAGGUGUCUUUUAAGCUCGCUGAGGACGAGAAAUAUCUCGCCCUGCGUCAGAUCCAACGACAUCCUUACCUGCAGUUUGUGGACAAGGAUAACGGGGAUGACACGACUGAGUUUGAGAUCUCUACUGUGGAUGAUGGUUAUGUUCGUAUAAAAUCUCUCUCCAACAAAAAAUUUUGGAGACGCAGCCCAAACUGGAUUUGGGCUGAUUCUGAUGAACAGAAUAACUUGACUGGCUUACAAAACAAUAAAGACACGUUGUUCUGGCCAGUCAAAACCGGCAACAGCACAGUUGCAUUACGAAACUUGGGGAACUACAGAAUCUGUAAGGCUCUUACCGCAGACCGCAAGACAGAUUGUCUCAACGCCGUCGCCCCCAACAUCACCGACGAUGCAAGGAUGGAAGUACGGGAGACGAGGGUCAUCUCGAGAGAGAUCAGAAACAUUACUUAUCGCUUAAAGGAUAGUAGAAUCUAUGACGACAAAGUCAUCGAUUUGGCAAGUAGCGCAACUUCCCACAACAACACUGACCGUGAGACCACUUUAUCAAGCUCAUUUACUCACACGUCGUCACGUUCUAGUACCUUCAGUAACAACUUUUCCUUCAGUCUUGGAGCCAGAGUAACAUACAAAAUAGGUCUUCCAGCAGUAAGCCAAUGGGAAGUCGAAAUGUCCACUGAAUUUGCGUAUGGUUAUACAUGGGGCGAAACCGAAACUAAGGAAGAGUCAAUCCAGAAUAUCCAUACAAUUACUGUGCCUCCUUGGACUAGAUCAACAGUCAGCCUUAUAACAAAUCAGGCAAAGUGUGAUGUUCCGUUCUCUUAUGUUCAACAUGAUGUUCUUUCAAAUGGGCACACUAGGACUGAGACCAUGCAUGAUGGGAUGUAUACAGGAAUCAAUAUGUUCAACCUCGUGUUUAAUAUCGUCGAAGAAAAGAUAGAAAAACCAACAACAACACCACUAUUAUUUUUACCUGAAGUUGGACAAGAUGAUGAUAACUAA